AUGCGACCUCUUCUACGUAUCGUCCAUACAUCUGUGUUAGCCUCAUCAUCAUCAUCAUACGUGGCGGAAUCCCAAUGCCGCUCCAUUAGUCGACUCACGCCUUAUUGCCUCAAUAGUAACGGUCCUAUCAUUAAUAGAAGUACUCGUAGAGAUCGUCAUCGUAAUAAUAAUAGUAGUAAUAGUAAUAAUAAUAAUAAGAAUAGUAACAACCUAACGGGAUAUACACCCCCACCGCGUCCAUCCCCGACAACUCCAGCGGCUACGCCUGGCGGUGUGGAGUACAGCCGUAAACGACAAGAUGAGGCGGACGCGGUGGAGAAACGUCGACGAACACAACAACGGGCCACCGAUGCGGAAAGGCGUGGAGAGGAAACAAUAAAGUCAUCCGCAGUUUCUGAAAUGGAACGUUGGUGGCCGGAGGAAAAUCAAAAUUGGACGGGUCAUAUGUUUGCCUCCUCUCUUGAUAAGAAUAAGAAAAAGUUUGAUGGGAUGUUUGUACCCGAACUAAAGGAAGUCCAAAGUCAAGAUAAACCGUUAGAACUGAGUUAUGAAGAGGAUACUUUCUUUAUUAAUCCAGACUUUCAUAUGGCGGAUGAGGUAUUUGAUGAGACCCGUCGAUUUGUUCCUCCACCAAGUUUUGAUCCAUCUAUUGAUGAAAUAGAUGAUGAUGGAUUUGUAGAUGGACAAGUCAUGCAUGAUAUUCAAAAAGCCGUGGAUGAAGAUAAAAGACGAUUAGAGGCUUUUGGAAAUCCAUUACUUGUGGAAGAUCAGGUGGAUUAUCUUUUAGAACCACAACGUGAAGGACAAGAAAAUAUGCAGCAACGACAAGAAUUUAAUGGAUUUGUUCAUUGGGGUUUAUUACAUGGAGCUCACAUGAUAUUGGAGGAAAAUCAUGAUUAUAAAAAAGCUCAUGAAUUUGUAAAUCGCUAUAUGCGAGAUAUCGAUUUAUUUCAAAAAUGGUUAGAACAUCCAAAAGUUAGAGCGCAUAUUCAAAAGAAGUUUGGUAUCGAUAUGCAUGCCAAAUUUGAUAAAUUGAUGGCGCUUGUAAUGGCAAUGUAUGCAAGGUCAAAGAUUCAAGUAUAUGAAGAUGAUCCCGCUGGGGCUUUGAAAUCCCUUACAGCUUGUAUGGGUUUUAUCACGGAAGGGGCUGAUCUCAAGAAGGAAAGGCACCGUAAAGCGAUUGGAGCUGUUCUUGCUGCCCGUGGAAUGGUAUAUUGUAAAUUGAAAUCAUUUGAACGUGCAGAGGAUGAUCUCACUCGUGCAUUGAAGUUUGUCAAUCAGAAACGAUGUGCCACUCUCUAUCAACUACGGGCAGAGGCACUAGAGGCAAUGGGGAGAAUAGAAGAAGCUCGAUUAGAUGAAGAACGGGCUGCAGAGAUUUGGGAAAAUGCGGAGGUAAUAUCGCCUGGUAUGGAUGGGAAACCGUACAAGUUUGUCUUGUAG